AUGCGCAUAUCAUUCGCUUUCAAAAAUAUUAGUGCCGUGAUGUUCUCACGAGUCGUGAACUAGGUGCUCCGCGGCAAAGUCACGCCUUUUCACGGGAUUUGGUAACAGUUGUGAUUUAGAAAUAUCAGUUGCAAAACCACAGUUCGUGAAAUAUCUGCCACCACUAGUUUUAGGUUUCAGUGAAUUUGUCGAUGUUUUAUUCGAUUUGUGACACCUGGUAUCUGGCAUAGUCGUAUACUGCUAUUUACUACUAUACUGUACUAUAAAUUGUUAUAUUGCAGAUAG